UCGAAAAUGACAUAUUAUUUUUAAUUCACUGCUAACAAGUUUUCACGGCGUAGAGUGCUCGUUGUAUAACGGAAACUUUGCCUCAGGUGAUAAGCUGUCAUUUCCUCCAAGUUUCAGAGAAACAUUCACAUAAGGAAGCUACAGCUCCACAAGUGGGAUGAAACUGGAGCUGUCUCGAGUGGUUCAGGGAUGUCGCCUGGGAGUUUUGACUGGACUGGGAAAAUCAGGGCAGCAUUCACUAGAGGUGCCCGGCUGUCUCCUGUACACUCGCUGUGCAACUGUUCCCCAUCUGACCCAGGACACAUUACACACGUUGAGAGACCUGCCAUCAGUUACACAGGUGUCAGUGGAUUGCCUUGCAGAGCAUCAUGAGGUUCUGGAGGAAUUCAAAGAGGGUGUCAGAAAGUUUGCAGGUCUUCAUGAUACUGUGCUUUUCUGCUCUCUGCAUGAUUCUGCAAACGCCAGCCCUGCCGGUCACGUCACCAACAAGACAGUGUCUGUGUGGGGCAGCGGUGGAAGGAUAGAGCUGACAGUGGCUAGGUUCAUGGCUAUUCAGGCAGCUAUCCAGCCGGACUGCUAUCAGAGCAUGGCAGACGGAGAGACCUGGCAGGCCGGUACCUCUCGCAAGAGAGUCCGCAAAGCAGUGGACAGGACUCUGGCCCAUCUGGAUGAAUGUCUGGUGUUGCACCAGAAAACUCAGGAAUUAAAACAGGCCGAGAUAUUUGGGGUUGUGGAGGGUGGAGACAUUAUGGAGGAGAGGCUCCGGUCGGCACGAGAGACUGCCAAGCAUCCUGUGGGCGGAUUUGUCCUGGAUGGAUUUCAUUCUGCUGCCAUGGACCAGGAUGUGAGGGCUCAGCUGAUUAAAGCGACAUCUGCAGAGCUUCCACAAGAAAAACCCAGGUUGGUGCUGGGGGUUGGUCGUCCUGAUGAGGUCAUUGGCUGUGUUGAAGCAGGAGUUGACCUGUUUGAGAGCUUCUUCCCCUUCCAGGUGACGGAGCGAGGCUGCGCGCUCUCCUUCAACUACACCAUUGAUCCCGACCCUGAGACGGCAGGUACAUUAACCCCUACAGUGUUGGAAUUCAACGGAGAGAUGCCUGCUGUCAAGAAGCUGAACUCAAAUGGGGAUGAAAAUAUUAUGCCUUUCGAAAUGAACCUCAAAGAUAAAAGGUAUCAAGAUGAUUUCAGUCCACUUGUUGAGGGCUGUGGCUGCUACUGCUGUAAAAAGCAUAUGAGAGCGUAUGUUCAUCAUUUACUGGUGACCAGCGAGCUGCUCGGCGGUGUUUUACUCAUGCUACACAACAUGGCGCAUUAUCUUGGCUUCUUCAAAGCGCUGCGGGAGGCAAUAGCCAGCGACCGUCUGCAGGACUUUAAAAAUAGAGUGCUCCAUUGCAGAGAAGGUGAUUGAAAUGAUUGAAGGACUUCAGG